AUGGCGAGCGGCGGGGCGGCUACAACCACUUCCAUCCCCGUCACCAGCAAGACCGUGUCCGCAUCGCUAUGGUGGGACUCCUUCGUUGCCCUCUCCGACGACCUCGACCGAGCCACUGCUGGCCCCUCCGUCCCGGACGCCCUCGCUAAGCGGAUCAAAAGCCACCACGCGUGGCUCCGAGGGUCGGUCUCCAUGUUCGGGAAGCCGAACGAUGCGUCGAGGAGCGCACUGGACGCUGGCGAGGUUGUCGUCGGGGAGCAUCGCCUCAGUGUCAAGACGGAGCUCAAGGAGGCCGCACUUCGUGCAAGCAAGUGCCUGAACCUGGAUGAGGUGCAAUCAUACAUUCUGGUCAAGAGAUCUUCAGAAAUCUCUCCAACAAUCUGUGAUGCUGAUGCUGAGGAGUUUCUUCAUCUGGUAUCUGUACAAUAUUACCUUGAGCGUCAGUGCUUACUGAAGUGCAUCAGAAGAAUCUUUGUUCAUGCAAGUGAUGGGUCUGAUUCAACCGAUCCCAUUCGAGACGAGGCUUCAUUAUUGAUUAGUGAAGAGAUAGAAAGGAAACUGAUAUCCAUCAUUGAAGAUUGUUUUUCAGCUGCAUCUUCUGUAAAAGCGGAAGCAGAAUUUACAGUUUCUAGUCUGGAAGAAACUUUGAUUGAAGUUAACUUGAUUCUUGACAUAUUGUUUCUUGCUUUCUAUGGUAACUUCUCAAGAUGUAAUGGUAGACUGUGGAUAACUUUGUGUUCAAUUUUUAAGGACAUUCUAUGUGGUUCUUAUGAUGUCGGGAAAUUUGUUGUAUCUGUUGAGGGGAAGAAUUCGUUUCAUUAUGCUAAAGCUCAGCUACUUCUCAUCCUUAUUGAAACUUUGGACUUUGAGAAUCUCCUCCGGAUGAUUCAUGAUGAAGUUCCUCUGAGUGGAGGGUGUUCUGCAUUUUCUGUUGGUGAUAUUAUGGAGAUGGAUGUUGAAAUAUCAAAAUUUCCUGAAUUUUCAAUGGUAGAAUCAGGACCACUUAUACUGGCUUGGGCAGUUUUCCUUUGCCUAGUUUUGUCUCUUCCAGAAAGUAACACCAAUUUGGAAAUUGAUCAUACAUCUUAUGCCCGACGGGCCUUUGAGUUUGCACCAUUCAAUUAUUUACUAGGAGUUCUUUGUUCAAGCAUCUUCAGGGAGUCAGAUGGUCCUGUUUCUGGUUAUCAGGGUAUAUUACGUACAUUCAUUUCAGCAUUCAUUGCUUCAUAUGAGGUAUCUUAUCAGAAAGAAGACAGUUCUCUUGACAUGAUUUCAAGUAUUUUAUGUGAAGUUUAUGAUGGAGAGGAAUCUCUCUGUAUGCAAUUUUGGGAUAAAGAUAGUUUUGUUGAUGGUCCAAUCAGAUCUGUUCUUCAUAUGUUGGAGAAGGAGUAUCCUUUUCAGAUAUCUGAACUAAUACGCUUCUUAUCAGCAGUUUGCCAUGGGACCUGGCCUGCUCAUUGUGUAUAUAAUUAUCUUGAGAGGAUGAAUGGAGUUACAACAAUCUAUACGAUCCCUUGUGUUGCUGACGGUGUGGGUUAUGGCCAUCAAAUUGAAAGUCAUCAUCCAGUCAGCAUUCCUGGUAUUGAAGGCAUUACAAUUCCCCGUGGAACCCAUGGCUACAUUUUGAAAGUUCUUCAAGAGGAUACUGUAUUAGUUCGCUGGGAGUUCCCGCAUUCUGGGGUAUUCUUUUUGCUCAUAACUCUGGCGCAAGAGCUCCAUUCUUGCAAUUACAAGGAGGCAUCUGAUAUCAUGGACCUACUUUAUCGGAUGGUGUCGUCAAAUAAGGACCUGUGCUUCGCUUUGUUGCAUGUUGACCAGUCACCGGCUGUUCAAACAUCAAAGAACUUAGGUGAAAUUGAAAAUCAUAUCAGGAUUGAUAUUGCUAAGAUAUUUUGCAAUUCCAUCUUCAAAUAUGUGCGAGAUGUUAAUAAUGCUGACAUAUUGUCCAAAACCCUUGUUCUGCUGGCAGAAAUGAUAAAAUGUGCUCCAUAUCACGUGUUUGAUGCGGCGUUUGAGUGCAACAUCUUCACUUCACAAUUAAAUGGUCCAUCAAGUGAUUGGUUACUUUCUGGUGCCCUAGCUAGAAUGCUUUUUGCUGCCUCUGAAGGAAAUGGAGAUUGUUCUUCACUUACAUCUUCAGUGCUUGAUUUUACCAUUCAGGUUCUUCGGAAAGGAGCAGCUGCUGAUGAUAUGAUAUCACCUUUAAUUGUUUUCUCAAUUCAAUACAUCAUGGUUAAUCAUGUGAACUGGAAACACAAGGAAUGUAGUCGUUGGAAAACAACCCUUCGGGUGUUUGAGUUGGUGAAAAGCUGUAUUCAAGUAAAACCAUUCUCAUCAAAGCUUGGUGGCAUCAUUUGGGAAAUUCUACUAUAUGAUUCAUCUGUCUACGGUGUACUCUGGAGCAUAUUAUCUGUGUCAACACAAUUACUGCAUGACUCAUAUAGGAGCAAUUAUCAUGGUCUUAAGGAUAUUGAAGAUAUCCAGCUUGUCCUUUGCAAUGGACUUGAUAUUAUAUAUCACAUCCUGUCCAAUUUACCAGAGGAUUUACUGCCAAAUCCACCAUUCAUUACCAUGGUUUUGUCAUCUUCAUUGAAGCCAUUUUCUUUUAUCACAUCUCUAAUAUCAUUGAUGUCCUUUCGUAAUUCUGAUAUGCAAUUAGCUGCCGCUAGAGCAUUCUCAGCAUUGUGUUUCAUUGCAUAUAAGGCCCAACCUCAGUUGAUGGAAAAUGCCAGCUUUACUGGUGAUGUUUCUGAGAUUCGGAGAUUGGAAUCAAGUAUAUCCUACAUUCUAGAUGAGGAUGAUAAAACUAAUGAUUGUUUGGUUGUGGCUGUAUUCAACCUUUUGACAUCUGCUGCUCGUUAUCAGCCUGCUUUUCUUAUUUCCUUGAUAGAGCAGAGUAUGAAGUCAGCUGAUCAUAAUGCUUCCACCAAUGAUCGUGACAAGGGAGUUUCUGUUACUUCAAAAAGUAAUGCUAAACUUGUUGACCAAAUCUUGGACUAUAUUGAAAGGUCCAUUGAGCUCAUGAAUAGAUCUCCCUUGGUGUUACUCAGUAUUCUCGAUUUGUUGAGGGCAUUAUGGGAAAGUGGUAUACAGUUUUUGUGCAUUUUAGAGAAGCUAAGAAGCUCUGUAACAUUCUGGGAUAACUUAUCACGGUGUAUUUGUGCUACACUUGAUAUCUGCUCUAUUGACAGUGUUGAUGCCAUUGACAAGAAAUUUUCGUUAAGGUACCAUUGUCAGGGUAAGAUAUUUGAGAUCAUAUCACAUGAGUUAUUCUUGCAAGAAAAAUUGCUUGCAGAGACUUCUAAUACUGUCCAAGAUGAUCCAAAGGGGCAAAAAGAGCAUAAAAGUGGGCCUUGUCGUAGCAGUGUAGUCUUGAAAUGGUUUGAUAAUGCUAUUUUGGACGAUCUGAUCAGUAAUUUGUCAAGUAAUGCAUACAAAAAGGAACUUCUUCAUCAUGCAAAGGUAGCUGCCUGCUUAUGUAUCAUCCAUUUAAUAACAAAGUUGUCAACUGGUGAUACUGGGAGCUUGUCUUUCUCAUUCAUGAAGAAAAUUCAGAUCAUAUCAACAAAAUUGUCACAGCACCAUGCAUUCUUAGCUCUCCUGUCGCAGUAUUCCCGGCAUGGAUACAGUGGUGAACAAGAACUUAAUAAUUUGGUUAUCAAUGAUCUUUAUUAUCAUAUACGUGGAGAACUCGAAGGUCGUCAGAUUAGCUCUGGCCCUUUCGAGGAGUUGCUCAGUUUUCUUCUGGAGUUUAAACUUUUCGAACACAAUCCCUUGGAGCAACUACGAAAUACAUACCUGAUGGCAAACGACAAAUUUGUAUUUGAUGUGGAGCACAUACAUGACGAGCUUGGAGUUGAUCUCUGGACUGAUUCAGACAGGAAGAGGUCUAAAGAAAUAGCUAAAAAAAUGCUGGAUAUUAUGAGUAAAGCAAAUUUAAUGAAGUGUUAUGCUGAUGCAAAGCUUUCUGCAUUGAGGUCUUUCUUGACAUUUUUAUCUGUCUACACAGGAGCGGUUUCUAACAAAAACUUGGACUUACCUGAUGGAGGCAUAUCAGUAGCGGACACACAAUCGGCAAUUAGAUGUGCAUGUAAAUCAUUUGAGUCAGCUGCUGAUUCACUGCUUCCUCAAGCUGAUACAAAUGAGGUUUUGUUUCCUCUCUUGUCCAGACAAGUGGAAUUAUUGCUAACUCUUGCCCGAAUAUUAUUUCAUCAAGCAAAGAACAAGAAAUCAAGCCAUCUCUGCCCCGAUAUUGUACUUCUAAUGAAAACUUCAGGUGCCAGCACUUCUUUUUUUGUUGAUCUCAUGCCAUCUGCUCAUGCUCUUAAGAAACCAGUGAAGGCACUUCUUAUUCUGCUUUUGUCAUCAUAUGAGUUCAUGUACAGCAAGGUUGACAUAAAAGACCUACCAAAUGAUGUUAACAUGUUUGGCGAAUUAGCCCUUUUAAGUGUGAGCUUGCUACCUAUACUGUGCAAAUUGGCAGAGAAUAGGGAAUGCGCUGAUCUUGCUGUUGCAUCAAUGGAUCUAAUAUUGAAGGGAUUUGUACCUUCUAAUGUAUGGGUGCCUAUUCUGCAAAAGCAUUUUCAUCUCCAGGCUAUACUGCAUAAAUGCCAGAAUGGUGAUUUAUUAUCUACUCAAGUUAUACUUAAUUUCCUCUUGACCUUGGGGCGAACAAAGGAUGGUGCUAAAGUUCUUCAGUCUGCCAAUAUUUUUGCAUUCUUAAAGGUACUUUUGAGUCAGUUGUCUCUGGAUGACUCCUGUUUGAGAAAUUCCUUGAGCGCCCAAGUGAAGGAUGUGAACCUAUGGGGCUUGGGUCUCGGUAUUGUUGCGUCCCUGAACCAUUGUUUGGAUGAUGACAUUUCUCAUAACAAUGUCGCAAACAGUACUAUCAGCUUCCUUUCAGGACAGGUGCCUCUGAUGUCAUCAUAUCUGUCUGCACAGAGUGCUUCUACUCAUCAGAGCAAGAAACAGGCAUUGUCGCAGAAGUCACAGACAUCACUUUCAGCCCUUAGUCUUACUGAGAAUAUUCUCAUACUUCUAUGUAUCUUGGCAAAAUAUCAUUUUCCACGGGACACUGGAAAGAAGGAAGUAGAUUCAGAACUAAGAGAGAUUAUUAUCCACCUGCUAGCAUUUAUAAGCAAAGGAAGUGUAAAGACUGGCGAUGCCUCUAACUGGAACUCAUUGUUUUUCUGCCCUGCUGUUAUCAAAGAGGAAGUAGUGCUUAAUUCGAAUCCACCACUCAUUUGUAGCAAGUAUGGAUGGUUCAAAUUUGCUGCAAGUUGUACUUUGUCAACUGCAGCUGUUUCAGUUUCUCCCAGUGCAGCUAUAUCGGUGGUGAGAAGGGACAAGAGUUCAGGAGAUUCUGAUUCUAUAAGGCAAACUCGUUAUACUGAGAUAUUAGCUGUUCAGAUUUACAGGAUUGCUUUUCUUAUUAUGAAGUUUCUCUGUAGUCAAGCAAAAGAAGCAGUAAAAAGGGCAGAAGAACUGGAGUUUCUUGACCUUGCCCAUUUUCCUGAGCUUCCCAUGCCAGAUAUUCUUCAUGGUUUACAGGAUCAAGUGGUUUGUAUUGUCACUGAAGUAUUCGAGGCAAAUGGGUCAAGCACUCUAAAUCCCGAGACAGAGAAGGUAUGCCAGCUCCUAUUGGUGACACUUGAAACGUCACUUUACAUGGAACUAUGUGUAUCCCAGUCAUGUGGCAUCAGGCCAGUGCUUGGUCGGCUUGAAGAUUUCUGCAAAGGAAUUAAGGCUAUGCUUCAAGCUAUAGAGAAGAACUCCAGCUUUAAACCAUUUGUCAGGUCGCUAACUGAAAUUACUACCCUUCUGUAUCCCGGGCUUUUGCAUAGUAACCUUCUCAUGUGA